GAAGUUCAACUGGCUGGCAGAGCCGCGACCCGCGGUUACGUAGGGCCCGACCUGGACAUCAUCCUUGGCUGCCACCAGCCAGGCAGACGGAUUGCAUCCUCUCGCCCCUCAAUAUCAUCGACGCAGUCUGUUUCUGCCUGAUUGACGCUGUCGUUGAAAAGAUUCUAUCCGCGCCCGCCGCCUUGUGGCUUUCCCGAGAAGCCCUUCCCUGCGGACGUCAGAGAGCACGCAAGAUGAAUAUCCUAGAAUGGGCCUUUGGCAAGCGCAUGACGCCCGCGGAGCGUCUGCGCAAGAACCAGCGCAUGCUCGACAAGGCGAUCCGGGAACUCGACCAAACGCGUGUCAAGCUCGAGAAGCAAGAGAAGACCCUUAUCCAACAGAUCAAGACGAGCGCCAAGAAUGGUCAGAUGGGCGCGUGCAAGAUCCAAGCAAAGGAUCUUGUACGUACGCGGCGGUACAUUGAGAAGUUCUUUGCCAUGCGAAGCCAACUUCAGAAGAUUUCGCUGCGGCUGCAGACAUAUCGGACGAACGAGCAAAUGAUGCAGGCCAUGAAGGGCGCGACCAUGGCACUUGGCAGCAUGAACAAGUCGAUGAACCUACCUCAGUUGCAACGGAUUGCUAUGGAAUUCGAGCGGGAGAACGACAUCAUGGAACAAAGACAGGAGAUGAUGGACGAUGCCGUUGACGACGCCAUGGAUGUUGGCGUGGAGGAGGAAGGGGAUGAGGUCGUCGAUCAGGUCUUGGAAGAGAUUGGCAUCGACUUCAAUCAAGCCCUGGGCGAGACGCCUACGGCACUGGGCAACUCAGCUGUCACCGAGGGCAAGGUUGCGCAAGCGGUCGGGGCGGGUGGUGGUGGCGGCGGCGGCGAUCCGGUCGACGACGACCUUCAGGCUCGGUUCGACAGCCUGAAGAAAUGAAAGGGGGGACGAAGGUGCACGCAUUGCACGCUAGAAGCCCCGUCAUGUACGUACAGGCCUCGCGCGUCUGCAUGUACGCUCCUGCGCAUGCCCCUCUGCGUUACAGAAGCUGCAUGUUUCCUGACUGCGCUUGUAUUUCUCGGUGUUGGCUAGACGGGAAGGGCGCGGGUACCACCGCCCAUGCGCGCUCUGCCCCGAGAUUGGCGCAGUGGCAUGAUGCCCUGUCUUUUUGUUCUGAUUCAUGUUUUGUUCGACACUGUCCAUAGCGGUUGCGAUAAUUCAUCAAUGUGGGGUGAUCACACACCGUGGUGGGUUGUGAUAACUUUGCCAGUGGCCAUGACUGAUUCUCAUCAGGAACGACGAGUCGAGUUGCUGCGUAAAAUUCACUAUACCCAGACCACAACAAAUACG